GGAGAGCGCCGCUCGGGCAGUUCAGUGCGAGCCCGAAGGGUCAGACCCGAGUGGCGUGGCAGCGCGGCGCCGGGCUGAGAGCGGGGGCGCGGGGCGCGGACGGUGGGCUCGCGGACGGGCGGCAGGAUGUUCAGCUGGAUGGGGCGGCAGGCGGGCGGGCGCGAGCGCUCGGGCGGCGCGGAUGCCGUGCAGACGGUGACGGGCGGCCUGCGUUCGCUCUACCUGCGCAAGGUGCUACCUCUGGAGGAGGCGUACCGCUUCCACGAGUUCCACUCGCCCGCGCUGGAGGACGCCGACUUCGACAACAAGCCCAUGAUCCUCCUGGUGGGCCAGUACAGCACGGGCAAGACCACCUUCAUCAGAUACUUAUUGGAGCAAGAUUUCCCUGGCAUGAGGAUUGGUCCAGAGCCCACCACUGAUUCCUUCAUCGCUGUGAUGUAUGGGGAGAACGAGGGCAGCACUCCAGGGAAUGCGUUAGUUGUGGACCCCAAAAAGCCAUUCCGAAAGCUUGGUCGCUUUGGAAAUGCUUUCCUGAAUCGAUUCAUGUGCUCCCAGCUGCCCAAUCAGGUCCUGAAGAGCAUCAGCAUCAUCGACAGCCCGGGCAUCCUGUCUGGGGAGAAGCAGCGCAUCAGCCGAGGGUACGACUUCUGCCAGGUCCUGCAGUGGUUCGCUGAGCGGGUCGACAGGAUCAUCUUGCUCUUUGACGCUCACAAACUGGACAUUUCGGACGAGUUUUCCGAGGCCAUCAAGGCCUUCCGGGGCCAGGACGACAAGAUCCGCGUGGUGCUGAACAAGGCCGACCAAGUGGACACGCAGCAGCUGAUGCGUGUCUACGGGGCCCUCAUGUGGUCCCUGGGCAAAGUCAUCAACACGCCCGAGGUGCUGCGUGUCUACAUCGGCUCCUUCUGGGCACAGCCCCUGCAGAACACUGACAACCGCCGGCUCUUCGAGGCCGAGGCCCAGGACCUCUUCAGAGAUAUCCAGAGCCUCCCCCAGAAGGCAGCGGUGCGCAAGCUCAACGACCUCAUCAAGCGAGCGAGGCUGGCCAAGGUACACGCCUACAUCAUCAGCCACCUGAAAAAGGAGAUGCCGAGUGUUUUUGGAAAGGAAAACAAGAAAAGAGAGCUUAUCGACAGGUUGCCAGAAAUCUACAUUCAGCUGCAGCGAGAAUACCAGAUUUCUGCAGGGGACUUCCCGGAGGUCAAGGCAAUGCAGGAACAGCUUGAGAGCUACGACUUCACCAAAUUCCACUCGCUGAAGCCCAAGCUGAUCGAGGCCGUGGACAACAUGCUGACCAGUAAGAUCUCAUCCCUGAUGAGCCUCAUCAGCCAGGAGGAGCUGAACACGCCCAUGCAGCUCGUGCAGGGCGGCGCCUUCGAUGGCACCUCCGAGGGCCCCUUCAACCAGGGCUACGGGGAGGGCGCCAAGGAGGGUGCCGACGAGGAGGAGUGGGUGGUGGCCAAAGACAAGCCCGUCUACGAUGAGCUCUUCUAUGCCCUGUCGCCCAUCAAUGGCAAGAUAUCAGGGGUCAACGCCAAGAAGGAGAUGGUGACCUCCAAGCUGCCCAACAGUGUCCUGGGCAAGAUCUGGAAGCUGGCCGACUGUGACUGUGACGGCAUGCUGGACGAGGAGGAGUUCGCGCUGGCCAAGCACCUCAUCAAGAUCAAGCUGGACGGCUACGAGCUGCCCAACAGCCUGCCUCCCCACCUGGUGCCCCCUUCUCACAGGAAGUCCUUUCAGAAGGCCGACUGAGGGGCGGGCCACGCACAAGGCAGGCAGUGCGGAGUGGGGCUCCUGGGACUGGGGCCUGAGGUCCUUGCUGCCACUGACUCACUGAGUGACCCCGAGAAAGGCACUGCCCUCUCUGCCUCAGUUUCCCCAUCUGUAGAAUGGGAGGGCAGACAUUGGACACUAGAUGAGGUCCUUUCACCUCUAAAAUUCCCUGAGUUUUUAUUAAAAUACUGGGGGGAGGUGGGUAAGGAGAUUGUAAUGGUGGAAAAGAAAUGGAAAUUGACCAAAGAGUACUCAGAAUCCUGGAGAGACGUAAGUGUGGGGGUGGGCUUGCUGGAGCCCCAGGAGAUUGUGGUGUGAGCUGGGGCUUCCCUGGACCACUCAUCAUCAUAAACCUGUUUGCCCUGUGGGAGCAAAGAUGAUCUUGUUUGUUUCCUUAUAUAUUUAGGGGGGAGGGGGGAAUAGGGCAGAGAGGGUUUCUGUUCUCUCUAAACUGUCUACCAAAGAGAAGGCGACUGGUGCCCACAGUUUGAAAGCAGGGUGUAGUGCCUGCCUAUGCCCCAUGCCUUCUGCAGCCCCGAGCAGAACAGGCAGCUGGCCGCAAACAGGGUCUGUCCCAGCAUCACACUCACUGGCCCUCCCAGCACCCGCCCCGGGCCUUCCCCGCCAAGUUGUAUUUGGUUAGGAACUUGGAAUUACUUAGGAAUUGAUUAAUAAUUCGUUUUAUUAGCCCCAGCAAGAUUUCAAGUCAUGUUGGAGUCUGAAGAUUAGCUUUUCUUACUGGUCUGUCCAAUAAUUUGUAGCGAAGUCUAUUUAUCGUACUCACACUACAGUGAGGAAAAGAGGUGGUUCUCCCCAGUUGUCACUUAGCCUUGUUACAGGCCCCCAGGGCUCCUUGGUCAACGGCAGGAUUUAAAUUCAGCAAAUCGUGUCUCAGUGAGCAGAGUCCGGGCCUGCGGACACGGGGAUGAGAAGCCAGCCUGCACGGCUGUCAGGGAUAAGAGAUCGGUCUACUAGCCUUAGAUACUAUUUUCAUUUUCAUUUUUUAAAGGCAUUUUUAUUAUGUCUAGGUUUUUGGUUUUUUCCUUAUAGGAUAAAAGCCUUUAUACAGAAACAGGAUGGAACCUUUCCUAUAAAAACUUUUCUUCAAAGAGCUGUGUGGCUUGUAUCAUGAAUGCCCAUCGCGAGGCAGGAUUUGGGCAGGCCCGUAUCUAGCGGCUCCCUGAGGGUCUCUCCCAGGUCCCCCAUGUCAGCCCCUCUGGACCGAGCACUUGGGCCCUGUGUCGGGUGGAGGUGUUAAUGCUCGCCUCCACCCUCCCUGCCAUGUGGGCGCUGGCUCGGCCCAGUGCCUUUCACCAUGACUUAGGCAGAAAAGGGGACAGACGCAAAAUAAUGACGGCGUGGCCGCAUGGCUGGGGCCCUGCCAGCACCAGACAUGCGUGAAAUCAGAGCGGCCCCACCCGAGCCUCCCAAAAGCCACAUUGUGGUUUUUUCUGAUGUUACCUGUGACAUCAGGGUCAGAACUGCAGGCUUAAGAGAAAUGUUUUACUUUAGAGAAGCAUGCGUCCAGAUGCCAGCCCGCACACUCCCUAGCUUGCUGUCUCAAUAAUUUUGUUUUAAGAGAAAUAAAUGCAUAGCAUGGUUUUUAUUCUUACUGAGCACUUUAAAAUUAAUUAGACGCAGAAAAGGGACGGUUACAAUUCCUGCUGUAUUAUGAGCAGAGUUCUGUGAAUGCAUGGGGACUGCCCACCUGUGUAGCACAGUGGCGUCCACUGAAGGGCAGCACCGAGAGAGGGAGAGAGAGAGUUCAAUCGUCCACAGGUUCAGAGAUGCCAGGGUUAGCCAAUUUUCCAUCCAGAAUUAUCUUGCUGCUUUAACUCUACUGAAUUGUCACAUAUAAAGAUAAAUAUAUACACAUAUAUGUCACAUAAAUAUGUAUUUUUGAACUUGUCAAUGUGUACAUAUGUAGAUAUAGCCAAAGGUUGUGUAUGUAGAGACAUGUAAGAAAAGUGUUUUAGGGAGCCAAUGGACUGAGGUUUCUGGUUUCUGUGUGGACAGAAACGGAUGGUAUUGUGACCUCUACCCCAUGCCCUCAGGGGGAGAGCAUCGGACAGCUGAAUCCUUUCCCUGCUCAGGAAAAAAAGGGGGGAAAUCGUGUGACCCUUUUUUCUUAAUAUCUUCUCUUCCCACAUGAAGUCAUUGGAAUUGACUGGAAAGAAAAACACUGGGAAACAUUAGGGAUGGCCCCCAAGUGAGAAACCGUAUCUUCCCAGGACUGGCACAAAGUUCCUUUAAUUGUGUCCGAAACAUUCAUUAUCCCUACCCCCAACCCCACGCAGCAGGGCAGGGGGACAGGAGGGCCUGUCCACCUCGACGGACCUUCUUGCCGUCCCACGCCACCCCAGUUCUCAAAGUUCCCCUCCCCAGAGUGUUUACAGGUGGUUGGGAGGGUGGCAGUAGGUGAACUCUAGCUCUAGGAACUAUCUUCGCGCUCCCCAUGGUUCCACAAGAGAAAAUCUGGUUGUACACAGCACGUGAUACCACAUAACAGACCUCUGCAGUCUGGCGUUUGGGGGGAAUGAAGACUUUAGCCUCUUCUUCCCAGUUGUGAGCCUGCUAUGAGGCCCUCCUGCACCAUCUGUAACGGACCGCACUGAGACCUGCCCCGGCUCCCCAGCUCUGUCGCACAUGCAGGCGGCCACCUGCCUCAGCCUCCGGCUCCAGCCCAGCAUCUCCCCUUCCUCCCCGAGCACCUGGACGGCCCACGGCGGGUCCCUCCUCAGUGGGGAGGGCCAUUCAGUGAGUUGGCGUUUGCUUCCCCAGGGCUAGACUGGGCUGUUUGGAACACAGUCAUUGUGCAGCAGUAGUGUCUUCGGACUUGGGCUUUGGUUGCUCCCACAAAUGGCCUUGAAGAGCUGAAUUCUGAUCCUAUUACCAGAGGACUGAGUGUCAGAGGGCAUGGGCAGCAAAUGCCUCCUGCUCUCUCCUCAGCCGCUGCCCUCCUUACCAGCUCACAGGAGACGCCCUGGCAGAGCCUGGCCCCCCUGCCCCAGCCACAGUCCCUCCCAGUGUCUGCGGGUCCUCAGGAGCCCCUCUCCACCCCCCGGGGAAUGUCUUGUACUGGAGUCCACCGCCCGGCGUCCUGCCGGACACCCAACACCUGGAUAAGUCGCCUUGAGGAUAAGGAGGGCAUUUAACAAGAACAUUCUUGGGACAGAUAAGCACUGAGUUUAUUCAGGUAAACGGGCCUGAUUUAAGAGUGUGUCAGGUUACCUGUCAAUUAGCCAAUGCAGUUAAUACACAAUGCUUCUGUUUGUUUUGUAACCUUGUUUAGAAGUCAAACAAAAGACACCGUCUACUGAUCAAUAAACUUCUGAAAAAAUCA